GUAAGAAGAAAUCCAGAGAGACAAUACUCAAACAAGAGUUCACAUGAAUCUGGUUUCAGGGACCCCUGAUGUAAAGCCACUAUGCUACACCUGUGGCCUCUAGGAAUCAUCCACAAGAAAGACGAGAAAGUCACAAUGGGAAGCUGCAACCUACCAGGAAAUGACGCCUCACAAGAACUUAAUAUUUUGCUCGUUGGUCCCAGACGGACAGGCAAGAGCUCUACUGGUAACACCCUGCUGGGCCGGGGUCAGGUUUUUGAAACCAGAGGAGGCAAGGCUAGCACGGCUGCCAGCGCCAUCACCUCUGGACGUCAGGUGAGCGUGGUGGACUCACAGGGUUGGGGUUCAUCUGAGGAGUUUGUCCCACGAGAGGAGAAAACUGAACUGCUGAGAGCUUUGUCUCUAUGUGGGCCUGGAGGGCCUCAUGUUAUUCUAUUAGUGGUUCCUCUGCUGGACUUCACUGAGCCUGAGAGGAGAGCAGUGGAGAGGAGGAUGGAGAUCUUGACCUCUACCGUCUGGAGACACACUAUGGUGUUGUUCACAUGUGGAGACUGGCUGAGGCAAGGAGGGCGCAGUGUGAAGGAGCACAUCCAAUCAGGAGGCCCCGCCUUGCAUUGGCUGAUGGAGAAGUGUCGCUAUCGGUACCACGUGUUCAAUAACAAGGCAGCUUUCCCUGGCAAGCAGGAGGUGAAGGGAGGUCAGAAGAAAAAGGAAGGAACUUUGCGGAAGACAGACGACAACGAGGCAGGAAGCACAGGAGGUGAGGCUAAUGGGAGAAAGGAAGCAGAGCAGGAGCAGGUGAGAGAGCUGCUGAGUAAAGUGGAAGACAUCUUGCAGGAGAACGGAGGAUGGCACUUCUCCCUUCACAUGUACCAAAGGCUGGAGGAGAAAUGGAGCCUCAGAGAGCAGGAGCUGAGAGCUCGACUGGAGGCAGAGACGGAUGUGAAGAGCAAACAAAAGACAGCAGAGACGAAGAUAAACAUGGAUCCAGAGCAGGAGCAGAGGUUAGAGACGGAAGAAGAAGAGCUGGAAGACCGCCUGAGGAAAGAGCAAGAGAACAAGGAGGAAUGGUUGAAAAGGAAGAUGAAUAGAGGGGAAGAUAAAGAGGAGAGAGCGAAUGUAGAGCUUAAGAGACUGUGCAGUGAGGAGGACGGGUGGGAUACAAGCUCUGACAGUGGAGGAGAGAGGGAGCAGAGCACUGACGCGAAAACUGAAACGAUAGCUGCACUUUGGCCUAAUGUGGGUCAAAGGUUAGCCUUCGGUCCAUUCAAAAGGCUUGCCUAAAGUCCAGCUGAAACUACCACAGUGACCUGUGACAUCUGCAGUUAUAAGUGACACAUUUAUUCUUUCUUGCUGUGAAUCCUAUAAACUCUUGUCAUGUGAUGACCCACCAGCAAUAAACCUAGAAACAACUGCAGGUCAUCACACAGGGCUUCAGAGGCUAGAUUUAUAAUGUUGUUAUGGAUGUUAGAAUCAU